AUGACGGAGUUCUUUGCAGGAGUUGCUGUGCUCGCUGGGGCAUGGAGACGGGAAGGCUACAAUGCCAAAGCCAUUGAUGUUGAACGAUUCUCGGGCGUGGUGCUCGCCUUCAUGACAGUGCUGCUCAUGGAACCAGGAAAUUCUCAAUAUCCCUAUGUUCAACAGGGGUCUGCCUUGGCCAGCAUCACAGCGGCCAUCCUUUUGCUGCACUGGGCCCGGGGAGGAGUCUUCUCGCUGGAGAAUCCUUUCAACUCCAAACUGGAGGUUCACUGGGACCUUCAAUAUCUCAUGAAGUGGUUCAUUGCCAGGGAGCAAGAAGGCCAUGUCAAAGCUCAACUUCUCAGGCAUAGCGUUUCCUUGGCAACCUUUGCGGCUCACAGUUUGAAACCAAUUUGGAUUUACUCGAACGAAGACAUGUCCGAUGCCUUCGAGACUUCCAGUGCUCCCGGCUCCGAAGCUCGCUCCUGCAACAAGUACGGUCCUGUCAUGCAAAAGUACGUGAACUCCCAAGGCAUCCGCAAAACAUGUGGGGGGUUUGGUACAACCAUAUGCGAAUGGUGGCUGCGGAAUCGCAAGCAGCUUCGGUCAGAUGGGAUGGAACGCAAAAUGAGGGGUCUCCGGGCCAGUGGAGACAAAUCCAUGGCGGAUCUUCAUGCCGCUCAGUGGAGCGCCUCAUGCAUGGCUUACUCCGCAUCGCCAAUUUCGCCGCAUGCUCCGACUCCUGACGAUCACGUGGCCCCAGCAGGCUUUGAGAAGUGGGUUUGGGCAGAGCUGGACCAGGAGUUAGCUGUGAUGUGUGGCUUGCAGUCAGUCAUCGGGGAUCCAGAGGCGGCCAAGCGGUUGGCUGCCGAUCCGGAAUGCAAGGUCCUGCAGGUACGCUUGGGUGAUGUUGCUGUGGAGGAGGCCAUUGUCGACGGCGAUCGCUAUCUGCCGGACAGCCUGGAGUACGACUUUGUGUUGCCUGACGGGCUGCUCUUCGGCUUCGAUGUGUUCGUCGGCCACAUCGACCCGGGCGAGAGAACUCCACGGCUCUUGGAGCAUAUGCGCGCUGCCCGGGCUGUUAACAGCGACGCCUUCACCGCGCCGGAGCAAAUUCUUCUCCAAGAUCCGGAGUUCGUUGCUGGCUUGGCGCCAGGCCAUGGGCGGCUGCCGUCCCAGAUGGAAGAGCUACCGCAGCAGCAGGAGGAGGAGGAGGAGGAGGCUGCUGCAGCGGCUGCCUUUCCUGCCGGCGCUGCUAGGAAUGUGCCUGCAGCGUGGGAACCAAGCCAAUUGAAUGUCAUUGAACGUUUGUGGGCACUCCAGCUCGAGGAUCUCCCUGCAGUGCCUCCCCAUGUUGAUCAAGAGAACAUCAUCAAGAUGGACACGGCUGUCGGCACGAAAACAUGCUACGGAGCUCACGGCGCCAGCGUUCAAGUGUGGCCCGCGGACCAGACCCCAUGGCUCUCAGAUCGGGAGGUUAUGCAGAAGCUCCUUCUUGUCGGGAAGCCCGAGAUUCCCCUUCGCGAGUUUGCCUCCAAGCUGUGCCGGGCGAAACAGACCCCGCAAUGCUUUCCAAAGAGUACGUUAGAGCAAGUCGUGGAAGCCGGCUUGAAUCUUUUUUACCCUUUGGGGAAGCUUGUAAGCAAAGGCAAAACGGUCACAGGACGGCAGCUCCGCAAUCUGUUGAUUCAGAAUGUGGGUCCACGUCCGGAAGCGCCGGUCGAGUGA